UUGGUUUAAUUUGAAUCAACAGUUGAUUGUUUUGGUUUAAUUUUCCACAAUUAAAUCUAAUUUGGUUUGAUUCUAUUAUUUUAAUCAUUUUUUAGAAUUUGUUUAUUGUUUCUCUGUACUUUCUUGUAUUAGUUAAUUCGGUUGGUUUGUGCUUGUAAAUUUUUUAUGUUGGUACAUUGGUCAGCUCAAGUUGAUUAAGUCUCGUUUUGGAACAAUCAAAAUGAUUCAUUUAAAAUGAUUCAAAUUUAAUCAAUGGUAAUAUUCAUCGAUGGAGCUUGAGAAUAAAUCGCAAGGAUGAAGAAACUUGAGGAAAAAUUCUUGUAAAACCCAAAGCAAAGAUGAAGGAUUGAUCGGAACUCUUUUUCUUUCACCAGUGAGAGUAAUUAAAGAGAGACUCUUCAAGUCCAAAAGAAAUGGUCAACCCAUGGGAAUAAAAGAAAAAAGAGUCAAGCAAUUUAAUCUAAUCACCUUAAUAACCAAAUCAAUGGUGCAAAAAGAGAAAAGGAGAAGCUCAACAUUAACGAAAUCUCUCACUCUCUCUCUCUUCUUCAACUUAAGCUUGUCCACCUUCACUUACCUUGGAGUUACUCUAACUUUAACUCUAAAUGAUUAGUUAACAGUCAAUUUCCAAUCAUGAGAAAAUUGUAAAUCUCAUUAAAAAUGGAUUGAUGUAAAUUAACUGAUGAUAAAAAAGACAAGAAAGUAACAGUUUAAUAACAGAAAUCACAGGAAUACCAUCAAGAUACCAUCCAAAUAAUUAAAUGUGAAAAAAGAGGAAAAAGAAGGAGCAAUCACUGGAAAGAAACUAAAUAUCAUCAAGAGAGAGAAAAACAAAAAAAAACGAACCAACAUAAAAAAUAAGUAGGACAUUGGAGAGAAUCAUAGAAACAGGUUUAGUAUAAGCAAAUUCGGUUGUGAAAAAAAAAGGUGAAUGAAAAAAAGAAGCAAAAAAACAACCGAAAAAAGAGUCAAAAGUUUCAUAAGAAGAAGAUGAAAAAGCGACACAGAUUGAGAGAGAAAAGAAGAUAAAAAAUGAAAGAAGAGACAAAAAAGAGAUUAUCAACAGUGUCCAAUGGAAAUGAUGAUAAAUGGAAGAUAAAAGAACGAUAAAGAAUGGAAGAUAUUACGUUACAAUUGUGGGAGAAAGAAAAUGAUGAUGAAUGAAACUCGUAGAUGGAGCUGGAACUUUGAUUGAUUCCAAUUCUAUGAAUGAAGAGAAACAAAUCAACUAUCAAAGAAAAGGAAUAAGAUUAAUUAGAUUACAAUAAAUUUCUAUUAAUUUAUUUCUUCGAUAAUUAUUAUUUCUCUAAAAAGAACAAAAUUACCAACAAUUUCAUCCUCAUCAUCUUCUUCAUCUUCUUUCCAAUCAAGUGUAAAAAUUGUUCGUUUUUCCAUUUUCUUUUUUUUCUCUUGUUCUUUUCUCUCUUGUGUUUAUUUUUGUUAUUUCAUCCAUUAAUUUUUUCUGGUUGUUUGUUUUUACUCUCUCAUUGAUUUUUCUUCCAUCAUCAUAACAAUCCAACGAUCAAGUCAAUUUGUUAAUUGUUAAUUAAAGAGAAAGAGAGAAGCGAUUCAACUCUCAAUGGGUUUGAAUCUCUUUGUUUGUUCACACCGAUUUAAUUGUUAAUCGUAUCGAUUGGAUUUUCGUUGACCAUUAUUCGUACAUUUCCAAUAUUCAAUUGAGAAAUAGAAUUGGAUAAAUUGUCAUAAUUAGUAAAUGAGAAAGUGUUGCAAUGAUAAGUGUUAACUAUCAUCUUUGUUAAUCACAAUUAAAGGAUCAUCAACAAAUCAAAUUGAAAAUGAGUGAAAAUGGACUUACCGGUGAAACUAAAUUAGCCUCGUUGAUUAACUUUGACCAACAAUUACCUUACAUUGAAUCAAAUGGUGAACUAAUUAAGAUGAAAAAAGUGCCAACAAUUAACUCAAUUGAAGUAACAUUUGUUGUACCUCGUUACAUUGGAUCAAUACAGAAAGUCCCAUCGAUGUCUGAUCUAUCCGAAGACAAUUCAAAUGAUUUACCUGCUCAGGUACCUCCUCUUACUCCAGGAACCAAUCAGAAGAUGAAUCAAGCCUUAAUUGCGAGUUUCAGUAGUUUCCAAAGGGAACGAGAACUUUUAAACAUUCCCAAAGAUCCACGAGAAUGGAGUUGCAACGAUGUCCAGCAUUGGUUCAACUGGUCAAUGCGAGAAUUUAACCUUGAAGGUAUUCACACUUUUAACCUUAAAUGUGAAGGUAAAGAUAUGUGUAACCUGAGGAAAGAUGAAUUCUUGGCAUUAACACCUCCUUACAUGGGAGAUAUACUUUGGGAGCAUUUAGAUAUCCUUUUAAAAGAGGUUGAAGUAAAUCGUACCAACAACAAUAACAACAAUACAUUUGAAUUGUUAACCAAUGGACUGUCAAUAUCAACGAUAAACACAAAUCCAUCAACAAGUACCAACAUUAAAUCAACUCCUUUACCAUCACCUUCAUCUUCAUCAUCAUCAUCAUCAUCACCAGCAUCGGUAACAACGUCAACCACAGUAACUUUACCCUCAUCCGAAUCACUUAAUCACCACCACCAAUCAAAUGAAUCAUAUUGUCUACCUGAAUUUGAAGAUUAUUUUAAUCAUCAACAAAAUGAUUACCAUCAACAUGGAUCAUUGGUAGGAGGAGAUUCUGGCUAUUUGGUCAAUGGUAUUGGUCAUCUCAAUCAACAACAACAACAACAACAACAUCGUCUCCAUCAAUCAGGUCCAAUUUCAACCCAAGAUUCAGUGACCAUAACAGUAACAUCUUCAUCUUCACCAUCAUCAUCAUCAUCAUCAUCGGUAGCAUCACCACUUUCAGUUGCAUCACCUUCAUCAGGAUCAAUAUUGAUACCAAGUGCUGCCUCACCUGUUAUCUCAACCUCAUCCAGCCCAACAACAACAACAACACCAACAACAUCAGCUUCUUCCUCAUCCUUAUCCUCUUCUUCAACCUCUUCACCUUCAUCAUCUCAAUUAAUAACAUCAACUAAUUCAACAAUACCCACAGGACCAAUUGCGACUUUAGUUGUAUCCAGUUCAACACCAAGUCAUCAUCAUCAUCACCAACAACAGCAACAACAACAGCAAACUUCAUCUUCUUCCUCAUCUUCCUCAUCAUCUUCCUCAUCUUCAACCUCAACAACAGCCUACUUGGAAGGUGCCUACAAUCAUUUUACUGAAUCCAUGCAUACCUUAAGUGACAUUGGUCAUGAUGAUAUGGUCAAUGGUCUAGUUGGUGUGGGCAAUGAUGUCUCAAAUGGUGGUCAUAACAAUGGUCAACAUUAUGGUGAUGAUACUGUUGAUUAUGGACUCGAAGGUCCAACUGGACCUCAUGCAUCUUACCUUGAUAAUGGGUCAGAAUUUUAUUCAACGGUUGUUGGACCAACAAUGCUAAGUGAAUCUAAAUAUUCAUCAACCUAUGUAACCACAUCAAAGUCACCCUACAUUGAAGUAAUUAACAGUCGAGGUCGAUACUCUGAUAUAACUUCACUUGACCUAAUGAAUUCUUAUGGUUCUCAUCAGUACGAUAAUUCAUUUCAAACGGUGCCUUCAUCAAUUCCACCCACACCUUCACCUGAACAAUGGGCCAGUGAAUUAAGUCCACAUUCAUCUUCAGGCUCAAGUCGAUCUUCAUCUAGUACCAAUAAUAAUAACGCUAAUAAUAAUAAUACCAAUAAUAGUAAUAAUAAUACAAGUAAUUCUUGUAAUAGUAAUAAUAAUAGUUUAAAUAAUUCUAGUAAUAAUAAUAAUCCCUCUGUUAAUAAUAGUGUUAAUAGUUCAAAUUCUAGUAAUUCUAGUAAUUGUAAUUCUAGUAAAUCAACAAGUAAUUCAACUAAUUAUAAUGCUAACGAUUCAAUUGUUGGCUCGGUGAAUGGUAGUGCCAAUGGUACAUCUAAUUGUGGUCAACAACAACAACAACAACAACAACAACAUGCUCAUCCAACAUCUCAACUUGCUCAUCAUCAGCAACAACAACAACAACAACAUCAUCUCAGUCAUAAUCACCAUAGUCAUUUACAACAGCAACAACAUCAACACCUUUUAACUCAACAACAUCCCCAACAACAACUUCAUCCUCAUCAUUCACUCCAUCCAGCUCAUUUAUCGCCAAUUUCACAUCAUCAGUUAACAGGAUCAAACCUUCAUACACCCCACCAUCAACAUCAAUCACCACAACACCAUCAGCAACAACAGCAACAGCCUCAACACCUUCACCAACACCAACAGCAUUUAUCAUCUCCGCAACACCUUCAAACUCAAGUCGCACAACACCAUCAACAACAGCAACAUGCUCACCAUCAUCAUCAACAAGCCCAACCUCAAGCCCAACAUUCACCUUACAAUGGGGUACACUCUCGAGACCACAGUUUCAGUUCAGCGUCUCCGUCUUCGGGAUCAUUCCCGUCGUCCUUAUCACCCGCUGGAAGUAUAAUUUCAAACGGUAAUGACCCAAGCGGUAAACCAGUGAUUCAAGCUGCAGCUCUUGCAGGAUCUGGACCAAUUCAGUUAUGGCAAUUUUUACUUGAACUUUUAUCUGACAAGAGUUGCCAAAAUUUCAUCUCCUGGACUGGUGAUGGUUGGGAAUUCAAAUUAACUGAACCUGAUGAGGUUGCCCGACGAUGGGGUAUUCGUAAAAAUAAGCCCAAAAUGAACUACGAGAAACUUAGCCGUGGUUUAAGAUAUUAUUAUGAUAAAAAUAUUAUCCACAAGACGGCAGGUAAACGAUAUGUGUACAAGUUUGUCUGUGAUCUUCAAUCGAUACUUCAUUAUACACCUCAAGAGUUACACCGAUUGGUUGACCUGAAGACUGAGAAAAAAAUGGAAGAUUAAAGAAAGAGAUAAACUUAUAUUCAGCCCCAUCGAAAACCUUUAACAUUCACAACAAAUCGACACAACAAACAUACACAGAGAGAAACACAUACACACACACCAUGGAGAUGGACAAACAAUCUUGAUCUCGACUUGUUAAUCAGUUUCGGUUAACGAUCGCCAACCAAUCAAAUCAACAAAAACACUCGCUCAAAAGCAUUGGUACCCAUAUAAAUAGACACUGACCAACCAACCAAGAGAAAGAUGAUCAAAAACCAACAACUUAAAGAUAAUCAAGUCAAGAUGCCAAAGAUGAAAAUUGAGAAACUUAAUCAUCACCACAAUCAAGCACAAAGAUUGAAUCACGACUCUUUUUUUUUAUUAAUCACCAAUCGAUACGAAAUCAAUUGACUAUCAAUAGAUGAUCACUUCCUUUCCCCGGUUAACACAUAGACAAACAAUCACUAUGACCUGAUCAACGACGACGACGACGACAUAUAUAUUAAUGAAAAAAACACCAAGUGUCUUAAAAUUGUAAAACAAAACGACAAAAAAACGCAAAAAAAAGUGACCUCAAAUCGACAAUUUUUUUUUAUUUUCGGAAAUUCAAAUUUCCUCUCUGUUGAUUUUAAACUGUAAAUAACUCACCGAUUCAACGACAAACUGAUUGAUUAUCAAUUAUCAAUCAAUAACCGACAUCAUCACCACCAUCAUCAUCAUCAAUUUUUGAACAAAGACAAUAUCAAUUAUUUUUUCUCUCUCUAAUCAAACAAUAAUAAUAAUAACAAUACCUUUGUAAUACCAAACCGUAUAAUCUGAAACUUACCUGGUUGGCACAUACACAUCAACACACACACACACACACACACACACACACUUACAUAUACACUACAACAACACCACACCAAGAAUCACAAAAUCAACACACAAACAAAAAGCCUCUGUAUUAUUAUUAUUAUUGUAUUUUUGAUUAUUAUUAUUAUUAUAUCAUUAUUAUUAACUAUAUUAUUUUUAUUAUAUUCACAACACCAGCACCAAUUGAAAUAUCAACAAUUGGAUGGAAACAUAAAAAAAAACUUGCAAAAAUAAUAUUGAACAAAAAAACCAACCUCUGUAUGAGUAAAUAAUACAUAUAUAUUAUACAUACGAAGACAAAAUGAAAUAUAUAAAGUAUAUUUUUUGCCAACAAUUA